UUAAUUUUCUUGAUGUUUUCUUUACAAUUCUGGAGAUCUUCGAAAAUUUGGGUACUUAUAGAAAUCCUAUCGACGGGGUCCAAUUUUUCAAGUCUCGAUGAUAUUUCUUCGAAUUGCCGUAAAUCUGAUUCGAUAUCUUCAGGAAUUCGAGCAGCAUCAAAUACAUAAUCGCUAGUAAUAGUAUCGGAGGAAUUUUCAAUAUUUCUCUCAUCUUUCCGAGUCUUCUCGGUAGUACUGUUGGUUACAGGCACCUUUUUUGUACCAGCAUCUUUAACGAAUUUAGGUAAAUAACUUCCUGCUAUCAGGUUUUCUACAUCCUCUAAACUAACAGAACUUUCCUCCUGCAUGUUAAUAUCACUAUUUACUAUCGGUUGCAGGAAUUCGAAUAUUCUUUGGAAAAUUAUCAUCUAAAAACAAUUUUUAAGUGGCCUUUAACAGUGUUGUUAAUCAGCUUUUACUAUUUUCGUGGUUUGCUAGAUUUAAUAAUAAUGGCAUUGACAGUAAACGGCCUUUAACAGUGUUGUUAAUCAGCUUUUUUAUAAUCUACCACGAAAACAGUAGCUUGCUAGAUUUAAUUAGCAACAUUUGGAUUAAAAGUUAACCUCACUUUUACAAACUUACUUGUUGGGAUAAAUCCAAAGUGCCGUUCAGGAACGGCAAGGCGUCUUUGCAGGAACAAAAUCCGAGAUUACAGACGAUUUUCUGCAGACAUUCCGGCGUUUUCCGUUCCUCGGAGACAUCGUAAUCGAGAAACCGGAGUAACCAACAAACGAAAUCGCACCGAUUCUUCGGCGAAAAUACGUUACCCAGCUCCUCGAUGGUCAUGUUUUCCACCGCGGGGUACCCGAACUCGGCGAGAUAUCUAUACAAUUUCUGGAACCAAUUCGUAUUAUCCUCGUCCAUAUUUCCAACGGUUUGUCUAAAAAAAAUUGAAAUAAAAAAUAAAACCAAUCGCAGUAGUCGUCGUGCAAAUUCGCGCGCCGUCUCUUUCUAAUCGCGCGGCACCGACAGAGAUGGUGUUUUAAUCAAAACAAGUGAAUCGGGGUGCAGGGAUGGCGAGCGAAACUAGGGCCCGAUCGGAAAAUGGCGUUCGUCGAAUUUUAAUUGGAAAAUAGACGAAAAAAGGCCCGAUGAAAAUGCAAAUCGCCGUCGGUGUUUCAGUGAAUUUCGAAUCGUCGUUGAACGUUUAAUCCGCGGACCAGGCACCAACAACCAUGAGUUCCUCGCCCCAAACCAGCCCGAUGCCGCCUCCGCAAGCCCCGAGCCCCAUGGGCCCGCCGCCUCAGCACCCGCCGCCCCCGCACUCGCCGCACAGCCCCUACCAGCCGCCCAUGGGCCACAUGAACGGCCCGCCCCACAUGCCCCCGUCGCCCCACCUGCCCCCGCACCCGCACCCCCACGGCCCGCCGCCCCCGCAGAUGCACCCGGGCCCGCCGCACGGCCACCACGCCGGCCCGCCCAUGCACCCCGUGGGUCCGCCGCACGAAAUGCCCCACGGGGGCGGCAUGCAGCAGCAGGGUUACCCGGGGCAUCCGCCCACCCCUGGGCCGAUGGGGCACCCGCAACAUAGGCAGAACUUGCCCUCACCAGGGCCGAUGGGCCCAUCUCCAGGACCCCCCGGACCUUCGAACGUGCCCGGCAACGCCCCAGGUCCGGGCCCGCCCCAGGGCCAGGAAAACCUAAACGCCCUUCAAAGAGCCAUCGACAGCAUGGAGGAGAAGGGCAUGCAGGAGGAUCCGAGGUACUCCCAACUGCUGGCGUUGAGGGCCCGAUCCAACGGUCCGCAGAACGUCUUCAGUCCGGCCCAAAUGGCGCAAUUAAGAAACCAAAUAAUGGCCUAUCGAUACAUCGCAAGAAACCAACCGAUCCCGUCGCAAAUCAACCUGGUGCUCCAAGGGAAGCGAUCGGACGGGAUUCCGCAAUCUCCCACACCGCCUCCCAACGCUCCUUUUCCCCACGGGACCAUCGCGGGACACCAGCAUCCCUGCGAACCACCCGAAAGCGCCCCCCCAGACAAUAACCCCAUGCACCCCCAACCGCUGCAACCGCAACCGAUGCGACCGCCGCCAAUAUCCCAACCCCCGGGUCAUCCGAUGCCCCACCACCCCCAAGGCUACAAGCUCCACGGUCCUCCACCGCCCCCGACGCCCCAGAUGAUGAACCCCAACCAGCGCCAGCUCCACCACCAGCAGCAUCACCAACCGCAACCGCACCACCACCAAACCACCAAGCAGAACAGGAUCACCUCGUUGCCGAAACCCUGCGGACUGGACCCCAUCGUGCUACUACAAGAAAGAGAAAACCGAGUAGCCGCCAGGAUAGCCUCUCGCAUGGAGCAGCUGGCCAAUCUACCCCCGAAUCUAUCGGACGACGUGCGAAUGAAGGUGCAAAUCGAGCUGCGGGCGCUGCGCUGCUUGAACUUCCAACGGCAGCUGCGCAGCGAGAUCCUGGCCUGCACCAGGCGGGACACCGCGCUGGAAUCGAUCAUCAACGCCAAGCAGUACAAGCGCACCAAGCGGCAGGGUUUGAAAGAGGCCAGGGCCACCGAGAAGCUGGAGAAGCAACAGAAACUCGAAGCGGAUCGGAAGAAGAAACAGAAGUACCAGGAGUUCCUGAAUUCGGUGCUGCAGCACGGGAAGGACUUCAAGGAGUUCCAUCGCAACGCGCAGGGUAGGUUGGGCAGGGUGAACAAAGGCGUUAUGAGUUACCACGCGAACGCCGAGAGGGAGCAGAAGAAGGAGCAGGAGAGGAUCGAGAAGGAGCGUAUGAGAAGGCUUAUGGCCGAGGAUGAGGAAGGUUAUAGGAAGUUAAUCGACCAGAAAAAAGACAAACGUUUGGCGUUUCUGCUAUCUCAAACUGACGAAUACAUUGGUAACUUAACGGAAAUGGUAAAACAACACAAACUCGAACAAAAACGCAAACAGCAAGAAGAAGAGAAGAAGAAAAAGCAAAAGAAGAAGAAACUUAGGAUCGAGGGAUUGUUAAACGCCGAAGAAGACGACGAAAUGUCCGAGUUAAACGACAAGCCGAUAACUGUAAUCGAAACGACAACGGGCAAGAAACUGUCGGGCGAAGAAGCGCCGAUGUUGAGCCAUUUGAAGGAAUGGCUGGCCCAGAAUCCCGGAUGGGAGAUCGACAGCGAGGAAGAGGACGACGAAGACGACGAGGAUUACGUGGAGGAGGACGAGAAACCUAAAACAGAAGCGGACAAGGCCAAAGACGUGAUCAAAAAAGCCAGAGUGGAAGCGGACGACGAGUACCACAAAAAUUCCAACGAAGAACAAACCUAUUACAGCAUAGCGCAUACCGUUCACGAGAUAGUAACAGAACAAUCCAGCAUAUUGAUAAACGGUAUGCUCAAAGAAUACCAAAUCAAAGGUCUCGAAUGGUUGGUUUCGCUCUACAACAACAAUCUCAAUGGAAUCCUAGCAGACGAAAUGGGUUUGGGUAAAACCAUUCAAACUAUAGCGUUGAUAACUUAUCUGAUGGAGAAGAAAAAAGUGAAUGGACCUUAUUUGAUAAUCGUUCCUUUGUCGACAUUAUCGAACUGGGUGUUGGAAUUCGAAAAAUGGUCCCCAUCUGUAGUAGUGGUAUCUUACAAAGGCUCACCGGCAGGCAGAAGACAAAUCCAGAGCCAGAUGCGAUCUACCAAAUUUAACGUUCUACUAACAACAUACGAAUACGUCAUCAAAGACAAAGGAGUAUUGGCGAAAUUACCUUGGAAAUACAUGAUAAUCGACGAAGGUCAUCGUAUGAAGAACCACCAUUGCAAACUAACCCAGGUGUUGAACACUCAUUAUUUAGCUCCUCACCGAUUACUUUUGACCGGUACACCGUUACAAAAUAAACUUCCGGAGCUCUGGGCUCUACUCAACUUUCUGCUACCUUCGAUUUUCAAAAGUUGUUCCACCUUCGAGCAGUGGUUCAACGCUCCGUUCGCCACAACGGGAGAAAAGGUGGAAUUAAACGAAGAGGAAACAAUCCUCAUCAUCCGGCGCCUCCACAAAGUCCUCAGGCCGUUCCUGCUCAGAAGACUCAAAAAGGAAGUCGAGUCCCAACUACCGGACAAAGUGGAGUACAUCAUCAAAUGCGACAUGUCCAGUUUACAGAAAGUUUUAUACAAGCACAUGCAGAGCAAAGGCGUGUUGCUAACCGACGGCUCUGAGAAAGGUAACAAAGGCAAAGGCGGCGCUAAAGCUCUAAUGAACACCAUCGUGCAAUUGAGAAAGCUCUGCAACCAUCCCUUCAUGUUCCAGAACAUCGAGGAGAAGUAUUGCGAUCACGUCGGAAUCGCCGGUGGUGUAAUAUCCGGACCCGACAUCUACCGAGCCUCCGGGAAAUUCGAGUUGCUCGACAGGAUACUGCCGAAGUUGAACGCGACCAAUCACAGGGUGCUGCUGUUCUGCCAAAUGACCCAGCUCAUGACCAUCAUGGAGGAUUAUUUGAGCUGGAGAGGAUUCGGUUAUCUUCGAUUGGAUGGAACGACCAAAGCGGAAGACCGCGGGGAUUUGCUGAAGAAAUUCAACGACAAGCGCAGCGAGUAUUUCAUAUUUUUGCUAUCGACAAGAGCCGGUGGGUUGGGAUUGAAUCUCCAAAGCGCCGAUACCGUUAUUAUCUUCGAUUCCGAUUGGAAUCCACAUCAGGAUCUUCAAGCUCAAGAUAGAGCUCACCGAAUCGGCCAACAAAACGAAGUAAGAGUCCUGCGUUUGAUGACAGUAAACUCAGUAGAAGAACGAAUAUUAGCGGCAGCGAGAUACAAAUUGAACAUGGACGAGAAAGUCAUCCAAGCCGGCAUGUUCGAUCAAAAAUCAACGGGCACCGAGCGACAGCAGUUCCUCCAGCACAUUUUGCACCAAGAUGGCGACGAUGAAGAGGAGGAAAACGAGGUGCCCGACGACGAGACGGUGAACCAAAUGGUCGCGAGAUCCGAGGGGGAGUUUGAACUGUUCCAAAAAAUGGACCUGGAGCGGAGGAGGGAAGAGGCCAAAUUGGGAGCGGCGAGGAAACCGAGGUUGUUAGAGAUAAGCGAACUUCCCGACUGGUUGGUUAAAGAGGACGAUGAAGUCGAUCCCUGGAAUUACGAGGACAACGAAAGUCCGCUCGGAAGAGGAACGAGGCAGAGAAAAGAGGUUGAUUACACGGAUAGUUUAACCGAAAAGGAAUGGUUGAAAGCUAUUGAUACAGGCGAAUACGAAGAGGAAGAUGACGAAGAAGAGGAGAAAUCGAAGAAGAAAAAGAGUCGAAAGAAACGGAAACGGGACGAUUCCGAUAGUGAAGUGGGGAUAAACAGCAAAAGGAGAUGCAGGAGCCAAGUUGGUGAUACGAAAUUAAAAAAGCAGAUGAGGAAAUUAAUGGCAAUCGUAACUAAAUACACCGACAGCGACGGCAGAUUGUUAAGCGAACCAUUCCUAAAACUACCCCCUAAAAAGGACUACCCAGACUAUUACGAAAUUAUCAAAAAACCAAUAGAUAUUAUCAAAAUCUUGAGCAGAAUCGAAGACGCAAAGUACACCGAUUUCGCCGAUCUCGAACGGGACUUCAUGUUGCUGUGCCAAAACGCCCAGAUCUACAAUGAAGAAGCCUCUCUAAUCCACGAAGACAGCAUCGUUUUACAAUCGGUAUUCUCGAAUGCCAAGCAAAGAAUCGAAACCGACAACGGGGAGUCGGAACCUGAAGAGGACAAGGAAGCCUCCGACAACGAAUCGGCGGUUAAAAUGAAGAUAAAGCUGAAGAAUAAGAAGCCCAGUAACACGAGUGGGGCGGGCAGCAGGCGGAAACGUAUCCAGAAGAAAUACAUUUCCGAGGAAGAGGAGGAUGAUGAAGACUGAUGAUGAUGUGGAAGAUGGUGAAGUGUAAUAUGAUGAAUUUACCCCGGUAGUUGUCCGAUUUAAUUCAUUCUCGAUAGUGUAAUCAGUAUUUUAAGGAGUAAAUUCCGUUUUGUAAGACAAACAGACCUGAUGAUCUAUUGGAGGAAGUAUUUGUUGGCUCAAUUUUUAUGCGGUUACGUCAAUAAUUGAGGAAACUUGGUUGUGAUGCUGUGAUAAUUUAGUUUCGUUUACUUUUUAUAUUGAAUUGAAAAAUAUUUUUGCUGUUUAUUCCUUGUGGUUAAUUGGAAAUUGAUAUUUUACCACAUAGUUAUUCAGGUCUGUAUAAAUGUAGUAUUUUCGAAAUUUAUGGCUCAAAGCUUCUGUGUGUUAUCAUAUUCCAUUUUAAUGGUAUAAAAUAUAUAGCUAUUUUAAACUCUUCCUUCCGGUUAAUAGAAAUUAGUUGUAUUUAAUAUAACUAAAAUUUAAUAUGGAAUAUUUUACGGAACUCCUACAUGUAAUCAUUGAUCUCGUGUUGUAGUCACAUUUUAUUCUGAUGAUUUAUCAAUGGAAUUCUAUGAGAAUUGUUUUUCGAUUUCAAAAUUACUCAGAAUAAAACAUUGACUUGGCUUUUAUGGUGCCCAUAUACUUGUAAGUGCAAUAUAUUUAAUUUUUUCUAUUACUUCCUGCAUGUCUAACAUGUAUAGUGCAAUAAAUGUGUUAAACCGAUAUACUAGAAUUCUUCAAUGAAACGAGGAAUUAAUUCGACAAAUAUUUUAAUGUCUAAGAGUUCUCUAAUACAAAAUUACACUCCUGUAUUUUACAGACAAGCGGAAAAUCUAAUUACCAAUAUCCUUCAUCCACAUAAAAUAGACUAAAUUUUUACGUGAAGUCAGUGUGUAUGAAAUCGACGAUUUCUGUAGAAAAUAGGCGUUUAUCGUUCACAGUUUACGCGUAUACAUAGAUAAUAUAAUUAUUUAGGUGUGAUUAAAUUUCAUACCGAUGAAUUAUAUGUUGUUAUUGGGUGAAAGAGGCACUUUGAUACAGUUCGAACUACAUUACAGUGCACCUAAAGUAAGCAUAACUUUCUAAAAUAUAGUAAAUUCGACGCACGCUUAGUACAAUAAUUAAAAUGUAAUAAUAACGAACAAAUAUUACAUUCGUGUAUCUAACCCUCGCCUUUAAAAAUGUUUACAAAAUAAUAUUACAAAUAUCAUAAAACCCCAAGCGAACUAAAAAUUAAAUAACUGUUAUAUAAUUUUCUGAGCUAUUUAUCUUCUUGUAGUUAUGUGUUCUAAGAAAUUACGAAUAUUAAGAUAAAAAGAAAUUACUCAUUCAAAUCAAAAUACAUUAUGUAUUUUUAAUUGCUAAACGAAGCGCUAAAUAAGAGAAUUACGAAGGUAAUUUUUAGGUCAAGACAUGAUACCUGCAGAUCUCAAAACCUCAAAAUCUUUAGAACACAUGCACGCUUAAUUACAACCUUUCUAAUUUCACCUAUCUUGCUUUUUCGAAAAAAAUAAUACAAUUAUUGAACUUAAUCAGAUCAAUCCAACAAACAAACUCGCUUAAUUAAUUACUACUCUCUCUCCUUUCGACGACUAAUCGCAAUUUAAUCCUCUCAAUCGUCGUCAUCAUCAUCAGAUAUAUAUUUUUUGGCCGAUCUCCUCGGCCGUCCUCGGCUCCGUUUCACCUUCGGCUUGAUUUUACUCUUGCUCAGCUCCCCGUCUGAAUUAUUCUCUUCCUUUUCCUCCUCGGAAUCUGGAGUACUUUCGAUCUUCUGUUUAGCGCUCGAGAAAACCGAUUGAAGAACGAUACUGUCCUCGUGUAUCAUCGAAGCCUCUUCGUUGUAGAUCUGCGCGUUCUGGCACAUCAACAUGAAAUCCCGCUCUAGAUCCGUGAAGUCCGAAU